GAAUCUUUUAAGUGUAGAACAACGCUGGGCAGUUAUGUCGCCGGUGCUGAAGUCAGAUCGUCCACUGUUCGAGUAGUUAAAUUUUCAUAAAUAAAUUCUCUCCUCGGUUAUUUCAGUCUAAAUACGUCGUAUUACGAUAAUGUAUUCUGUUAAAACUACGUAAUUGUUCCAGGAUUGAUCGGUUUUGAGGUAAAUCACCUGUUUGAGCCAUGGCAUCUCUGUCAGAGGAAGUGCUUCUGGUGGUGAAGAAGGUUCGCCAGAAGAAGCAGGAUGGCACACUGUAUCUGAUGGCUGAAAGAAUAGCCUGGGGUCCAGAGGGGAAAGAUCGAUUCACAGUCAGCCACUCAUACUCAGACAUCCGCUGUCAGAAGAUCAGUCCUGAUGGUAAAGCCAAAGUUCAGCUUCAACUGGUCCUUCACACUGGUGAGAGCACCACAUUCCACUUUGCCAAUGAAAGCACCUCACGUAAAGACUGGGAAGCUGCCAAGGAACUGCUGCAGCAGCUACUGCCAAAGUUUAAGAAGAAAGCCAACAAGGAGCUGGAGGAGAAAAACAAGAUGCUUCAAGAAGAUCCUGUGCUUUUCCAACUGUAUAAAGAUCUCGUGGUGAGCCAGGUCAUCAGCGCCGAAGAGUUUUGGGCCAACAGGUUAGGAGGCAUAAACAACGGAGAAUCUGCAGCGUGCGAAAAUAAACAGGAAGUCGGUAUAUCUGGAGCGUUUCUGGCUGACAUCAGACCUCAGACUGAUGGCUGCAACGGGCUGAGAUAUAAUCUGACCGCGGAUAUUAUUGAGUCUAUUUUUAGAACAUAUCCUGCAGUGAAGCAGAAGUACAAAGAAAACGUGCCCCAUAACUUGACGGAGAAGGAGUUCUGGACUCGCUUUUUCCAGUCCCAUUAUUUUCACCGAGACCGCAUCAGCACAGGAACGCAGGAUAUCUUCUCAGAAUGUGCCAGGCAGGAUGAGAAAGGGUUGAAGUCUCUGGUGACCCAAGGAGUGAAGAAUCCGAUGGUUGACCUCUUGUCACUGGAGGACAAAACACUAGAUGAGGGUUACGGAAUCAGCUCAGCUCUGCCAUCAACCUCUCACGCAAGCAGGACAGUAAAGGAGAGCAGCAACUUUGCUAUUAUAAAGAGAUUUAACCACCACAGUGCCAUGGUGCUGGCAGCAGGUUCACGCAAAAGGGAUGUGCCCGCCGACCAAGCCAGUGAGACAAGCAGCACAGACGGAAACUCCAGGGAUUCUGACUUCUUUCAGCCUCCUCUAAAGAAAGUUAAGUUACAAGAAGCCAUAGAAUAUGAGGAUCUGCAACAAGAAAACAGACCCAAAACAGUCGCGUUAAACCUGAAGAAGUCUGACAGGUACGCUCACGGACCUGUCCCACUUCAGUCCCAACAGUACACAACCAGCCAGGACAUCAUCAACUCGGUCAACUACAUCAAACAUGAGAUGUCUAAUUACAAACCCAACCUCACUCAGGUGUUGUCCAGUGCAGCAGCUAGUUCUGCUAUUGCAGCACUCUCUCCAGGAGGUGUCCUCAUGCAGCAGGUUGCACAACAAGCCAUAAACCAAAUGGUUCCUACUGAAAUUCAAGCUGAGUUGAAACACCUUUAUGUUGCUGCUGGAGAGUUAUUGAGACACUUCUGGACCUGCUUUCCUGUCAACACGGCGUUUUUAGAGGAGAAGGUGACAAAAAUGAAGUCAAACCUGGAGAGAUUUCAGAUUACCAAGCUUCGUCCUUUUCAGGAGAAAAUCCAGCGUCAGUACCUAAGUACAAAUCUUACGGGACACUUGGAGUGCAUGCUGCAAGCCGCCUAUAGCAAGUUCCACAUCUGGCAAACCCGCAGGAUGAUGAGGAAGACCUGAUCUGUAGUUGUUUGUCCAGGAGAAAGACUUUGAAGUGUUGAUAAAUUACUUGUGAUGGCUCUCUAUGCCGUGAGAGGACCACAGCCCAUUAGAACAUAGUUCACAAGGGCUUAAAAUGGAAAGCGAGGGAUGCUGCUAAAACCCCAAGUGUUCAGCAGAGAGUAACUGCACCCCAGUCUCAAAUAACUCUAGUUUCAGUCUUUUCUAUUUAUUUUUCAGUGGUUAAGUGUUGUCUGCCUGUAAGAGUUCAGCAGGACUUUUAAAAUGGCCAAACUUCAGCUGAUAGUCAUGCAAACAGCCUCAAGGACGCUGAGAGAAGAGAUGCAGGCAGGGGUGGCUGGUGAGUUUCAUCAGUGCUGAGGCACAAAACUCUCCUCUGAAAACGGGUGACGCGGAAAAGGAAGAGAGGAUGCAACUAUAGCAAUACUGUAAAGACGUUUCACACUCGAGUGCUUUAGUGUGUCAAAGGAAAUCAUUGGUUUAUAAACUCUGCACUACCUGUCUGCACUGAAGACAACAGUACAAGAUUAAAGUGAGGUAUUCCGCUUUGUAUUAAAAUGCAGUAUUUCAUCACACAUUUCUGUAUUUAGUUCAAACCCUAAUUCAUUACAUUUGAAUUUAAUCACC